AUGGCUGAAGAGCACACACAACACCCACACCCCGCGGCCUCGCCCAGCCCCCACGACUCCGCGAUCAGCAUCGCACCUUCCGCGGCAGCGCCGCCCCUCGCCCGCCCCCCGCUGCGGUACACCUACUCGCACCCCAACGGGCACCGCAUCAUCCCGCCGAGCAUCAGCGGGCACGGGCGGCUGAUCGUAGCGCGGCGCACGGUGCCGUACUGGGGCGGCGUGCUGAUCGUCGUGGGGUCGUUUGCGUGGGCGGUGUUUGUGGCCAUGCAUUGUUUUGAGCUGUUGGGCGGGAGAAGGAGGAGCGUGCGGGUGCCGGGCGGGAGGGGGGAGUGUGAGGGGUGGUUUUGCUGA